AUGAAUAUUACUCUGCUGAAAAAUGAAUGCCAAAAUUCAGGUUAUCCAAUGAUACAGAACCAUACUGACAAACAGGUUGGACGAGGACUGAUAAAUGCGAUAGGUUCAAUAUCCAAAACUUUAUUCGGAACACUAGACAACGACGACCUAAGCCUGAUCAACAAAAAUAUAGACGGGCUUUUCAACGAGGCUUUUCAGAACAAAAUUAGCAGUAUAAUACAGAAUCAAACCAUCAUUAUGAAACAAAUACUUACAGACGACAACUUUGAGAGCCUCACAACCAAAUUGAUAGAACAAUCAACAAAACUACAGAAAGCACAAAACACUUUGAUGUUCGACGAAACGUUGCUCACCUUAGAGAUAUUGUAUUCAGAAUUUGCGGACAAGAUCAACGAAUUCUAUAAUAUUAUAAUUUUAGGAAAAAACGGAAUAAUUGACACAACACUUAUUAACAUAGACCAGUUUAUACGAGCAUAUAAAGAUGUGACCAAAACUAAAUCCGUUACAAUAGCAGAAAGAAAACUUUCAAACUUUCAAACUAUCAUAGAUAUUAGUAAACUCACAGCAGUAAUAAUUGACAACGCAAUCAUUUACAGAAUUGAAGCAUCCAUGCUAGAGGAACACGAAUAGACUAUCAUUAAGUACCACCCUAUACCGCAACAAAUUCAAAACGUAUUUCUAGCACCUCUGAUAGAUCAUGACAUGAUAUUAAAACAAACCGGAUCACAAAUCAUCAUUAAUGAAUAUUACCUAAAACAAUAUUGUAAAAACAGCCCUUUAGGAUUCAUUUGCGAACGAACCCAACCCACACGACACGACUAUCAGAACGGCUGUCAAACUUCAAAAUUAAAUGAUAUACCAAAUGCGGCACGACCAUAUUUAAAAUCGAUACCGUUUAUAUCCAUGUAUAUGCCCAACAGAUACAUUGCAAUACCACAAAAACUUUUGGAAAUACAAGCUCUUUGUAAAGGAAUUAACAAAGUCCACCUGACAGGUUCCUCUAUACUAUCCAGCGACGAAGAAUGUGUAAGUACGAAAGUAAUGUGUAUACUGUACGAAAAUGUAAUGAAAAUUGGAGGUACUAGUAAAGAAAUUCAGAUUCAAGAAACACCAUAUACUCUCAAACUUAACAUUUCUUCCAAAAAUAUAAAACUAUUAGAACACUUUGUGCCAAAUGCACCACACGUAACUCUAAGUUUCAACAAUUAUAAAACUUCACUUGACGCUAUGUAUAAUCAAUUGUAACAAACCAAAAAAGCCCGACGAAUUAGAAGUACUACGGAAACAGCAUUCGACAUAUCAUUAGGAAUAAUAACUCUAUAUAUCCUUCAUAAGAUAGGAUUCUUUAAAAUAUUGGACAAAUUCACACCCGACAAAUUAUGCAUUAAAUGUUGUAACACCACGAAAGUCGCACAGAAUCCACAAACUAGCCUAGUCCAACCAACAAUCCCAGGCACCUACAUGGAACUUCAAUCAACCUCCCAAAACACCUACAUCGAAGUACGACCUCUGCACGAUCAACGAGAUAACUUAGCCAUAGAAGACAUCACUAUAUCGAAAAUCAAGAAAAAGAUCGUGUAUUUUAGAGGACUAAAAUGAAUCUAACGAAGGGGAUGUGAAGAUGACUCCUUAUCGUUUUAUCGUUUUAUUGCUGACUCACAUCCGGUCAAUGAAUUACCUAUCCCCACUUUUGUAAGAAGCGUCACGUAGACCAUACCCAGACUCUGUAUAAAUAACCGACGAAUUCAAUAAAGUUCAGUUCAGUCUGAUUCUAACCGCCAAGCUAUAUCUCGUUAUUCUCGAUACCUUUACGCGUAUAACAAAUUAAGAUAACUCUUUCUUUCCUGGCCAUAAAUCAGAGAAGAUUUCCAUAUUACUUUCAUUCGUCUUGCGUCAAGAACAACGAUCACUUCUUCUGCAAGGCAAGGAAAAGUUCCCGUCACAAGUGGAAGAAAGGGAAAAAGAGUAAUAACGGUGCAAAGAGUGAAACCAAAGAUGGGGUGUUGGAAAGAUAAAGAACUAUAUUUAUAUAUAAGCAUUUUUAUUUUAAUGUGUCAUGUAGGGUUUUAUACGGUUUUUCUUUUGUUUCGUUUUUCUUUAGUUCUAUUUUAUAAUGAGCAAAAUCAU